CCGUUCGCCCGGAGCCCGGGGCUGGGCUCGGGGGCUUCGGCCGCCCCCCGGGUCAACGCCUUCGCCGCUGCCCGAGAAGUAACCGCUGAUGGGGUCUCGCCCCUGUUAACCGCGGGGACCCCUGGGCGCAGGUGCAGCGGGCUCCGGGUUCUGCUCCUGGCCGAGCAGCGAUGUGGCCCCAGCGCACUGUGAAGCGUUGAGCAGAAGCCGAGGGGGAGGCUGGCGCCCCAGUGCACAGCUGUAUCGUUUUUAGUUCUAAGUCCUUCUGGCUCUUCUACGUGAGCUGCCGCCACAGCACGGCUGCUGACAGACGAGGGCUGUGGUUCCACGUCUGGGAAGCAAUCCUGGGCCACCGAAGCAGAGCACACAGAACUGUAACCACUAGGCCAUCGGGGCUGGCUCUGGUUGAUGAAUUUUGAAGAAAAUCCCAGCUAAUUUCUGCCCUCAAGAUGGAAGAAGAUGCUAGCCUAUUCCCUGAAGGGGAGCUUUUGGACGGCGUCCCACUCGUGGAAGGUGAAAAAGACAAACUAGAGGAUGCAGAGUUUGAGGUGGAACCUCUUCCUCUGGAGGCUGAGGGCCGAGCCAACUUGGGAUGCCACAGUCCACAGAAAGAGCAGAUCGCUGAUGCUGAGGGGAGGAAGAAGAAAGCCACCGUCCAAGAGAGAAUGGAGGCACUGUACCUGCGGAAGAACUUGAGCCACCUGGAUAAGCUGCACGAGGAGAAGGAUCUUUUCAUUCAGAAAACGAGAGAGGAGCUGCGUGCUUGCCGCCAGAGGAUGGAUCUCAUCACCAAACAGCAGGAGAGCAUGGCAGCCAAGGUGGCUGCCGAGAGAGAGGCCAAGAACACUGCAGCUGUGGGCCGCCUCCAGGCAGCGUCCAGACGCCUGUGCAUGGAGCUGGAGAGCGAGAGAGCCCAGCAGCAGAAAACCCAGGCCACGCUGAAGGAGAGCGAGAACACCAUGUGGCACCUUGAGAUCCGGGAGGGGCAGCUUGAGGACGUCCGCAGGGCUGCCCAAGAAGAGGCGGCAGCUGUCAGGAGGCACCUCCAGGUGCAGGCAGCCGAGCAGCUCCGCAAGGAGAAGGAGACCCUGAGGACAGUGGAGAGGAGCCGGCUGCUGAGGGUCAGGAAGUCCGCGUACCUCCAGAAGGAGCACGGGCUCAGGCACCAGAAGCUCGUGGAGGACGCCCAGAAGAACCACAGGGUCGCUGUGAAGUUCCUCAAGGCCUCCCUGGGAAGGAUCCGCGAGCGAGAGAGGAAGGAGGAGCUGGAGUCCCGCGAGCAGAUGCAGAGGCGCAUGGAUGCCGUGCUGGCCCUGAAGAACAGCAUCACCGCGAACCGGGAGACACUCCGGAAAUUUCAAGUGCGGGGCCAGGCCAGGGCAGAGCUGGCUGAGCAGAAAGCCCAGGCCGAGAAGGGGGCGAUUCUGGCCCAAGGUGGGGAUGCUUUUAAGCACCUUUUCCAUCAACGCCGGCGCCAGGAGCUGGAGGCCCAGAAACGUGCCUUUGAGGAGGAGCAGAAGCUCAGAAAGCAGGAGAUUGUGCAUCGCAUUUUGAAAGAAGAGGCUGAGGAGGAAGACAGGAGGAAGAAACGGCACCCCCCAACCAAGCCCGAGGGCCGGCGGACUGUGAGGGACAAGACGUGGAGCUACAUCUCCGACUUCUGCGAAGGGAAGAGCGCAGCUGUGACCCCCUGCCGCCCGCUGGAAAAUGACACUUUUGCACACCCCAAAACCCCUUGGUUAGUGGAAGCCAUCUCCAGUGACUCCGUCCAGGUGGACCCUGGGAACGUCAACUGGGAGGAUGAAACACUGGCUGAGCCAGAAAUCUCCGGACUGUGGAAUGAAGACUAUAAGCCAUACCAGGUGCCCAAAGAGGAUGUGGACCGGAAGCCUGUGGGCGGGACAAAGAUGGACAAGGACAUCCUGGCCCGCACCAUGGAGCAGCUGCGCGGUACGGUGAUCCACAAGCAGGUGGUAUCUGGGCGUGAGUUCAAAGGGCGGCCCUUCAACAGCAAACCCAAGCUCAUCCACUUCAAGGACUUUGAUAUUGGCAAAGUAUACAAAAAAAAGAUCACACUGAUCAAUGCCACCUACACAAUUAACUACUGCAAGCUGGUAGGCGUGUCAGAGCAGCUCAAAGACUUCAUCCACGUCGACUUUGACCCCCCUGGUCCCAUGUCAGCUGGGAUGUCCUGCGAAGUGCUUGUCACCUUCAAGCCCAUGACAAACAAAGAUCUGGAAGGAGAUGUCUCGUUUCUGGCUCAGACGGGCGAAUUUUCUGUUCCACUGAAGUGUUCAACAAAGAAAUGUUCCCUGUCCCUCGACAAGGAGCUCGUCGACUUCGGCAGCUACGUGGUAGGCGAGACUGCAUCCCGGAUCAUCACACUGACCAACGCCGGGGGCUUGGGCACCAGAUUCAAGUUUCUUCUGGCCUCUGAGUCCUGUGAGAUGGACAUCUCCCAGUCGGUCCUGAAAAUAAGCAGUGUCUUUACAUAUGAAGAUAAAAGUUUUUAUGAAAAAGUCACCACCAGUUUUUCUGAGCAGCACGUGGAGGGCAAUGAGUCCUCUCCCAUUGAGGAGACAAGCCAGAAGGAGUCUGGAAAGCUGGACAGCAAGGAGCAGGAGGAGGGGCGCCCUGCAGACUCAGAGGGAGUGACCAUGACCACCAUCGUGAAUAUACCUCCCAGUGAGGAGCAGACGGAGAUCUCGCUGGGAGAGAUAAGAGAGGGUGAGAUUGGCCCCUUCAGCUCCAUCAAAGUGCCCGUCAUCUUCACCCCGGUCCUCCCGGGAGCCGUCCACACCAGGUUCAAGGUCGUGUUUAAGAAUCCGCAGUGCCCGACGUUAUGUUUCAGGGUUAUUGGCGUUGCCAUCGACGUGCCAGUCUGGGUGCCAAAGCCCAACGUGGACCUGAAGAUAUGCAUGUACGACCGGCUCUAUCAGGAUUCUGUCCUUGUCCACACACGGUCGAAAGCAGCCCUACGCCUGAAGUUCGAGGUGUGCAAGGAGCUGAGGGGCCACUUGGAGCUCCUGCCUGAGAUGGGCUACAUCCAGGCCCUGUCGUCCUACUCGGUGCAGCUCAAGUUCCUGCCGCGACACUCCCUCCCGGAAGACGCAGGGAAGUAUUUCGACAAGGAAAGCAGAGUGCUGGAGGCCCCGAUGACGAUACGGGUGGCUGACCAGACCAAACCCGUGGGGUUUACCGUCCACGCCAUAGUCACCACCUCAGACAUGGAGCUCAGCCCCUCGGAGGUGGACUUUGGCUACUGCACUAUCUACGAGGCCGUCAGGACCCAAGUCAGCCUCUGCAACCACUCCCUCCUACCUCAGGAGUUUGGGUUCGUCGGGCUCCCCAAGCAGAUCACCGUGACUGCAUCGGCAUCGGUGGUCUUCCUUUGCCAGUUUGUGGACAUCCAGCCCAACGACGGGUUUGGGACAAUCCUGCCACUGGAAACUCUGCAGCUCGAUGUGGUCUUUCAGCCCACCAAGGCCAGGGACUACAACUUCGAGCUCGUCUGCAAGUCAGAGAUCAACCGGUGCUUCAAGCUGACGUGCCGGGCCAUGGGUGUGCACCCGCCCCUGGAGCUGUCCCACUACCAGAUCAAGUUUGCGGCCACCUCCUUGUACGACACAUCCGUGGCCACCCUGUACGUCAUCAACUCUCACGUGAGCGUCAAUGCGCUGAUCCACUCUGUGCCCCGUGUCGGCUCGGAGGAGGCCUGCCCCGUGGGGCCCACAUCUUUCGAGUUCCUGCUGUCCCCGGACUUGCCCAUCACCAUCUCACCCUCCGUGGGAACGGUGUGUCCAGGAAAGAGGUGCCUGGUCCAGGUGGCCUUCCGGCCGGUGCUGCCCAGCAAGCUGAUCCAGCAGGAAGCCUUCCAGGCCCUGACCAAAGAAGCUGAGGGCAAACUGUCCUACAAGGACAUGGCCCCCCAGAGGAAGGACCUGCAGAGACAGUCCGUCUCCACGCUGCGACUGCAGAACCGAGACCGGCUGUUCCGGGCCUCCAGCAACCAGCCUCCAGAGCAGCAGAAGCAGGACCUUAGGUGCAGCUCUCACGAGGACCAGGUUGCCCGGGCCACCCUGGUCAGAUCUUUCCCGGGGAAGUUCGACAAGUUUGUGAUCCCUUGUGUCGUUGCCAGUGGCGACAUCCAAGACCGGAAGGGGAUGGAACCCCUGAGCUUCAGUCCCCACAACACCCUGUACCUGGAGCUGUGGUGUCCAGCGGUGGCACCGUCCAUCGUAGUGACGUCCAACAAAGGCACGACCAUCUCCAACUUUGGCCACAUCGCUGUAGGACACUGCGGCGUAAAGAAGGUCUCCAUUCAGAACAUCUCCCCUGAGGAUCUGGCCGUGGAGUUCUCCAUGCUGAACCCCAACGGCCCCUUUGUCCUGCUGAACCCUAUCCGCAAGCUGCUGGCGGGUGAGACCCAGGUCCUGGCGCUGUCCUUCUCUCCCCGCGAGAGCGUCCUGGCCCAGGAAGCGCUGGACAUCAUCACCAAGAGAGGCACACUCUCCUUGACCCUCGUGGGGACCGGCGUGGCAUCCAUGAUCACGUGCUCCAUUGAAGGGGAUGUCCUCAACAUGGGCUACGUGAUUGCCAGGGAGUCUGUCUCCUCGGGAUUCAAGCUGCAGAACAACUGCUCACUGCCCAUCAGGUUCUCCCUGCAGCUGGACAGCCUCUCCAGCACGAGGGCCAAAGCCCGGCAGCAGCUGCCACAGUUCCUCACCUCACGGGCCAAGAGGGCAGAGGUCGUGGGCGUGCAGAACCACAGCGGCCAGAGUGUGUUCAGCGUGGUCCCGGUCGAGGGCGUCCUGGAGGCGGGCGGGGCGCAGGACUUCACCGUGACCUUCAGCCCAGACCACGAGAGCCUGUACUUCUCUGACCGACUACAGGUCGUGCUCUUGGAGAAGAAAAUCUCCCGCCAGAUCCUCCUGAAGGGCGCAGCGCGUGAGCACAUGAUGUUCGUGGAGGGCGGAGACCCCCUUGAUGUGCCUGUGGAGUCCCUGACUGUGAUCCCUGCCUUGGACUCCGAGCACAGAGAGGAAGCGGAGGAACUGAAGCCCAUCCUGGUGACCCUGGAAUACCUCCAGCUGGACGUGGACAUGCCAGCCCCACCUGCCACCCGAGAGCUGCACGUGGGCUGCAUCCGGACCACCCAGCUGUCCCCAAAGAAGACUGUCGAGUUCAGCUUGGAUAGCAUCACGUCCCUGCAGCACAAGGGCUUCACCAUCGAGCCCUCCAGGGGCUUCGUGGAACGCGGCCAGACCAAGACCAUCAGCAUCUCCUGGACGCCACCUGCCGACUUUGAUCCGGACCACCCACUCAUGGCGUCAGCCCUGCUGCAGCUCAGGGGGGACGUGAAGGAGCUCUACAAGGUCCUCUUUGUAGCCCAGGUGGUGAGCAGCCCCGGAGGCCACAGGAGUCUUUCCACGUAGCCCCCGCAGACCCUCCCGCCCAUCCUUGCAGCCCUCCCCUAGUCUAAGACCAGGCCGAUCCAUCCGGGACUUGGGACCUGCACAUCCCCUGCUGAGCAGGUUCGAAUGGGCAGCCCUCUGCACCGCCCCAUGGCCAGGGCACCCCAGCCCCAAGGCGUGGCCACUUCCUGCUGCCCUGGACCCGGUGAGCCAGGGGCCACGAGCACCCCCUCCCUGGCCCCCACGCUCAGAACCAGCAAUUAGGCCAAUCCUGCCUACAACCUACUCCUAACAUGAGCCCCUCAGAGCCCCCAGCCCCACCGGCACCUGCCCAGCCUUUAGAGGCCUCAGUCGGGGGAAGAGCUGCCCCACGGGUCUGCCAAUAAACCCUCUGCAAGCUGCUGCAUACAGACCUGCAGUGCAGGCAACAGUGAGUCAUUUGCUGGGGCGAGCACAGAAUGAGAGGUGGGGACAGAGCCCUGGGGAGGCAGCCCCCUGUCUCCCACCCACACACGCGCGAAUCAGUCCAUAAAACAAUGAACUCUGCCUGGGAGACUAAGGAGGGGCUUCCUGGAGCACUGGGGGAACAGCUGGCAGGCCAGGGUGCAGGGGUGCGGGGCUGGACUUGAAACGCCCAGACCCGGAGAGGCCCAGCAAGGAGGGAGACUGGGGCAGGAGGCUCCAGAGGCCGGGGCACCCUUCAGGCCUCCUUGUUCCUCCCAAGUUUAGGAUCCCUGCUGUCCCCAAGAAAGGAGCGAGCCAAUGUCAGGGACACACCCUCACUCAUGUCCUCCCUCAGAGCGUGGCCCGGUCCAGGGUGAGGCCCCAGUGCAUGAGUCUGGUUUCCCACCUUUCUGAACUGAGUCCAGGCUCGGCCUUCUGGGCCCCAACCAGCCCUGCAAGGUAGAAGCCCCCCCAGCCUGUGAGACAGUCCUGGGAGCUCAGAAUGGUGUCCGCACCCCAGCCCCUACCUUGUAGAUAGUGGCUGGUUGGACACUGUCCCCACAGAGCCCACCCCCCAGGAGAACAUGCGCAGCCCGCCCCAGCAGGGGUGGAGGGCACAGUGCAUCCGGGGCCUUUCCUGAGCACUGGCUUCAGGACACCAACCUGGAGCCACCUGUCCUCACCCCAGCUCCUCGUUGCCCUUGGUGCCUGGAAGCUGCUAUCUCCCUCACCUCGAGCUGGUGACAGCGACCCUAGAGCGGCAUUUUGUAGGACUUCUGUCUGGUGGGCAGAACCAGGUCCCUUCCUACCGCUCACUGGGGCUGACCAGUCAUAGGCCAAGCCUCCUCCUCACCAGGUGAGAGGGGAAGGCAGGACCCAGCAGACCAGGCUCAGCCCCCGGGAGAUGGUGCUCCCUGCAGGGCAUUGUCCGUGCCGGGCAGGAGAGGCAGGCCACUCUCUUCUAAACCCUGGCCUGGCUCUCCUGCUAGUAGGCACUGGUACUCACUGGCUAAGGCCCUGCCUGGACUCCUGCACCCUGGCUGGACUUCUGCCCAUCUCCUCCCUCCGGCCCUCGAGCUGAGCCCCAAGGCAGUCAAGGCAGGAGAGAGGAGGAAGGAUGGCCAGGAGCCAAGUAUGGCCGGCCUGGCUGGAGCAGGGUGGGCACAGCCCAGAGGUGCAGGACAGAGUCUGGCUGAAAGCAAGGAGCAAGUGCCUCGCAGAUCCAGGAAGGAGAGAGCCAAGCUAAGGAGGCUCUGCCCUCAGCAGGGUGGGGUCACUUCCCUUCCAGAGGGGGAGACAAUGUAGGGGUAGACUGUCCUGAGUGCAAGGAAGAAAGACAGGACAGGGGCCAUCUGGUGGCAUAGUGGUUAAGUUUGCGCACUCUGCUUCAGUGGCCCGGGGUUUGCCCGUGUGGAUCCCAGGCACAGACCUACACAUCGUUCAUCAAGCCAUGCUGUGGCUGCAUCCCACAUACAAAAUAGAGGAAGGCUGGCACAGAUGUUAGCUGAAGGACAAUCUUCCUCACCAAAAGAAGAAGGAAAGAAUGCAAAGACAGGACAGAGGUGGCUGAUCCUCCCACCCUCCCGGGACAAAGCAGACCACUCUGCACCUUGCCGUACUGACUGCCUCCCUUAGCCUGCCCACCAGAUGGUGGAGCAGAGGCCAGAAGGAACCUAACAGGAUGCCUAGCCUGGUGGGAGGAGGGGAGAGGGCCAGGAGGGCCUCCUGGAAGAAAUGGUCCCCAGCUUCCUGGGCAGCAUGGACAGCAGGCACUCCAGGCAGAGGGAAUGGUGCUGAGCGAUCUGUGCCCCCAGGCCCAGAGGCCACCUCCCCCAGGCUGAGCAUGGCUUUCAAGGCGAAGCCCUCCUGGAAAUGGUGUGCUCCCAGGGUGCCUGGAGGGCCCAGAGCCGAGCUCGGAAUCCCAAGUUCCGGUGGGCCAGGCCAACCGGGGAGCGCCUGCUGCGUGCGUGCAUAAUAAAUGUCCUCGAACGACGCGCUUGACCCCA